UAUCUAAUCUGUUAACAUCAGUAAUAUAUAAAUAUAAAAAAUAUUAGUAAGUAACCCAUUAGCUAAAAUAUAUUAUUUGUUGCCAUUUCACAUUUCAAAAAAAUAAAACCAUGUCUAACUUACUCUCUGUCGAAGAAGAAUGGAUUAAUUUCAAGUCAAAAUUCAACAAGUCAUACGACUCUGAAGAAGAGGAACAAAAACGGUACCAGAUCUUCCAAGACAAUUACGACAAAGUUGUGGAACACAACAAGAAGUUCGAAGCUGGUGAAGAGAGUUCAUCACUUGCCAUCAAUCAGUUCUCUGACCAAAGCCAAGAGGAAUUCAGUAAGAAGAGUACCGGUUUAAAAGCCACAGGUUUGAGAGCUACUGGUUUAGCUAGACCUGCACCUCAAUAGAAAUACUAAUAUUUAGUGCUAUUAUUAGAUAGUUUUUGAUAAAAAUAUAUAUUAAUCGAAAAAUGUUUUAUAUGUUUUAAUAAAAUAAUUUACUAAAUAA